AUGGAUCUCUCCAACAAUAUGUUCUCCGGUGAGAUUCCCGAAUCUUUUGCGGAGCUGAAGAAUCUAACGCUGUUGAAUUUGUUCAGGAACAAGUUGCACGGGGCGAUUCCAGAUUUCAUUGGUUAUUUGCCCGAGUUGGAAGUGUUGCAGCUUUGGGAGAAUAAUUUUACUGGAAGUAUUCCUCAGGGACUUGGAAGGAAUGGCAAGCUUCAGCUCCUCGAUUUGUCGUCGAACAAGCUGACGGGGAUUCUUCCUCCGGAUCUCUGUUCUGGAAAUCGGCUUGAGACGCUGAUCUUAUUGGGGAACUUUCUGUUCGGUAACAUUCCUGAAUCAAGUUUAGGGUUAGGGUUUGAGGGUGGAGCAGAGAGUGAUGGUGAAGAUGGUGACGAUUCGGUUCAGGCAAAGAGGUUGAAGAGGAGCGAUUGA